UGUUUCAUUAAUAUAUUAAGACCCUGUUUGACAUUUGCAUGUGCAACUAGAUAUGUUUAUCAAGUGCUGCUACAUUAGCUGACCAUAAUAAAGAAAAGGGUUAGUGGGCAUAUGAUGGCCUGCACGUUGGUCCAAGAGCUGAAUAUAAAUUGUUUGAUUCAUGGUAUCAUCACAUAACUAUGAAUCAUGGGAAACUGCAUUCACACAUUGCGCAGCAAGCAUGGAAACAAGGUUACAGAUGUCUGGUCCGAUGAUGAGGCAUCAACAGAGAAGGUCAAGGAGUUACCUCAGGAUGCACCUGAGAGCAAAACUGGCAGGAAGCGGUGCAUAAAGAUCACUCUGACAAGGAAACAGCUCGAGCUCCUGCUGCGGCAAAAUCCACAAGGCAUUUUGUUUCACCGGAAAUGGAAGCCAUCUUUGCAGACAAUAGUAGAGAAGAUCUUUUGACUGCUGAUAUGUAAAGUGAUCAAUACAGUUCUUAUAAUGGAGUUCUUUUGGCUUCAACAUCUUCCUACUCUCUCCUCUAACAUCUCUCUCACCGAGUUCAAUCACAAAGAAAUGGAGAUCCAAGCAAAGCUAAUGGAAUACAGAUUCCAUUUCAUGGUGGCAAUCAUGGUGAGCGUGAUUGUGGUGUCGCUCGUGUACGCAGCACCAAGGAUUGUGAACAUUUUAGCCUAUUUCUGGCCUCUGUUUGCGUCAACUGCAGCCUUCUUGGCGAUGGCAAUCACCUUCGGUGGCUUCCAACAGCUUUCAGAAGAAGCUACCGGCGAGACACUGAUGGAUUACGUCGCCGGACGGCCUGGAGAUUCUUACAGAUACGAUUGAAACAUUUGACAACCAAUUCUCACAUCUUCUAAGAGCUUUUACAAUGUACAUGACUUGGUGUAACUUAUCUCAACAAAUAAAAUGUGAUUGAUUCUGUAACAAAA